AGCUCCAGCUCAACACGCACAGCAACCUUGCAACACUUCAUCAUGGGCGGCGAACAGCGCGUCAUCCCCGUGUCUUCCGACUACCCCACGCUCGCGGCUGGUCCCGUGGGCAAGCACAUCGACCGCAUCUAUCGCGACCGCCUGGGCCAGUUCACCGACGGCGGGCAGUACUAUGGCCAGGGCCUGUUGCCCAAGAUCGUGUAUGCGAAAGUCGGCGCGAACCCGGGCCCGUUCAAGCUGUCCGUCUACUCUCCGCCCAACCUCGCGCGCCCGGCCUUCAAGGAUGCCGUCUCGCACGACUUCAAGCCAAUCGUUCCCGGCCAUUGGUUCGGUCCCGGCUGGUCCACGCACUGGGUCAAGAUCCAGCUCGCCGUUCCCAAGGAAUUCUUGGAGUACGAGCACCUUGAGUUCAAAUGGGACGCCGACUGCGAGGGCAUGAUAUGGACCGAACACGGUGACGUCGUCCACGGCCUGACCGGCGGCGGCGAGCGCACCGAAUGGAUCCUUCCCAAGGCUUUCAGGGACGGCAAGGAGCAUACCUUCUACGUCGAGGUCGCCUGCAACGGCAUGUUCGGCAACGGCAACGGCGGCUCCAUCCAGCCGCCAGACCCGAACAGGUCGUUCCGUCUGAACGUUGUCGAGAUCCAAGCCAUCAACCUGGAAGCGCGGGCUUUGCGCUACGACUUUUGGGAGCUUGGAGAUGCAGCGAGGGAGUUCCCGGACGAUUCGGUCGAGAAGCACGAGGCGCAGCAGGUCUGCGACCGCAUCAUCAACGCUUUCAUUGCCGGCGGCGGAAGCCAGGAGAGCAUCCUUGAAGGUCGCAAGAUCGCGCGCGAGUACCUUGGCGAUGUCGACUCGCACAAAGUCUACGAGACCGACAAUGAGGCUAUUGUAACCGGCGUCGGCUAUUGCCACAUUGAUACGUGCUGGCUUUGGCCGUUCGCAGAGACCAAGCGCAAAGUCGCCCGCUCCUGGUCGAACCAAUGCGACCUCAUUGAUCGAUACCCCGAGUUGCGCUUUGUCUGUUCGCAAGCUCAGCAGUACAAGUGGCUAGAGCAGCUAUACCCGUCAACCUUCGACCGCGUUAAGAAGAAGGUCAAGGAGGGCUCCUUCCAACCCAUUGGAGGUAGCUGGGUGGAGCAUGAUACCAACCUCCCUGGUGGAGAGUCAUUGAUCAGGCAAUUCCUCUACGGACAACGGUACUUUGAGAGUCGUUUCGGACAGCGGUGCAAGACUUUCUGGCUCCCAGAUACGUUUGGUUAUUCUACACAGCUUCCUCAAAUCUGUCGCAUUUCUGGGAUGACGCGAUUCUUGACGCAGAAGCUCAGUUGGAACAACAUCAAUAACUUCCCGCACACCACAUUCAACUGGGUGGCUCUCGAUAAUAGUCAGGUCCUAUGUCACAUGCCGCCCUGCGAGACUUACACUGCUGAAGCACACUUCGGCGAUGUCAAGAGGAGUGUCACACAGCACAAGUCUCUUGACCGUGACAACACUUCGCUUCUCGUUUUUGGCAAGGGAGAUGGAGGAGGUGGUCCUACAUGGGAAAUGCUCGAAAGACUUCGCCGAUGCCGCGGAAUGAGUGACCAUAAGGGCGGUCGUUUGCCACGCGUGAAACUUGGCGACUCUGCUGAUGAUUGGUUCGAUAAGCUAGAAAAGAAGGUCGAGAAAGGCCAGGAGCUCGUAACCUGGUACGGUGAGCUCUACUUUGAGCUACAUCGUGGAACAUACACUACGCAAGCGAACAACAAGCGCAACAACCGAAAGUCUGAGAUCAUGCUAAGAGAUAUCGAAUAUCUGGCAACGCUUGCCACAGUCAAGAACUCGUUCGGCAAGAAGAGCUCGUACAAGUACCCAAAGAAGGACCUGGAUGACAUGUGGGAAGGCGUUCUAUUGUGCCAGUUCCAUGAUUGUCUGCCUGGUAGCUCGAUCGAAAUGUGCUACCGUGAUUCGGAUGAAAUCUAUGCCGAAGUGUUUUCCAAGGGCGAGAGAUUACUUUCGGACGCGCUGUCGGAACUUGGCUUCGACCAGGAUGUCAAACAUGACAGUGACCUGUUCGCGUUAAACACUCUUCCAUGGGCAAGGACAGAAUUAGUGACGCUCCCGCCCGUGGCUGGUCUUCCUACAUAUGGUCUCGCCCAUGGAGACGGCAUGAGCGCCUUGGAAGUUCGCCCUCUUGCCUCGUCAUACUCCGCUGCCACUUCAUCGGUCAUGGAGAUCCGACCGAACGUAUUUGAGCUUCGCAACUCCCAGUUUGUGGUUGAGGUGUCCAACGGCGCCAUCACGUCGCUUUACGAUAUCAAGGCCGAUCGGGAAACCAUACCAAAGGGCGCAAAAGCGGCUCAGCUCGUGUUAUUCGAUGAUAAGCCGCUCUAUUGGCAAGCUUGGGACGUGGAAGUCUACCAUCUCGAUUCACGCCAAGAGCUGCCCCCGUCAAAGGUUGUCAUCUCAGAGGAUGGUCCUCACCGUGUGUCGCUGAACGUAGAGACUAAAAUAUCGGACAAGUCGUGGGUCAAGACUACUAUCUCUCUACCUGCAGCGAUUGGUGACGCCCCCACAAGUGUAGAAAUUGAUGCAGAAAUCGAAUGGCAGGAGACAAUGAAGUUUCUCAAGGUGGAGUUCCCAGUCGACAUCGUCAACACGGAAGCCAGUUACGAGACGCAGUUCGGCAUCGUCCGCCGCCCAACUCACUAUAACACGACCUGGGACAUGGCCAAGUUCGAAGUUUGCGUCCACAAGUGGGCUGAUCUAUCGGAAGCCACGUACGGUGUCUCCAUCCUCAACGAUUCAAAAUUCGGUUUCGCAACCGCAGGAAACGUCAUGAGGCUGUCACUCCUCAGAGCGCCCAAGGCCCCAGAUGCGCACGCCGACAUGGGCCGCCAUCGCACCCGCUACGCUAUCUUCCCGCACGCCGGACCCCUCAGCGAAGUCACCGUCCGCAAGGCCUUCGAAUUCAACAACCCACUUCGCAUCGUAGGCCGCCAGGCCAGCUCUGACCACUCUCUCCUGAGUUCUUUCCAGGUCCACGGCGCGCCGAACCUCGUCCUCGACACCAUCAAACGUGGCGAAGAUGAUGAGGAUGUUUCGCGCGGUGAGCUGCCUGUGAAGAAAGGACAGUCUGUCAUCGUGCGCAUCUACGACGCGCUGGGGGGAAAGAGCAAAGCCGUCCUCACUUGGGGAAGCUUGCACGUCAAGAAGGUGGUCAAGGUCAAUGCGCUCGAGGACGAUAUAGAGGGCGAGAAGGAUAUUGUCAUGACUGAGGUGGCCGGGAAGAAGGGCGCGAAGAUUGAGAUCAGAGCGUUCGAGGUUGCUACGUUCAAGCUCGUUUUGUAAAGAAAUAUAUGAGUUCUUUGCAUUAGUCGUUAGCUGUUGAGCAUACCUUGACGUUAUGUAUCCAUCAUUUGCUUCUUAGAGUCAAUCGUACUUGUCUAUUCCCG